GAAAAGAAAAGAGAAAAAAAGACUUGGAGCUCCCAUCAACCACCAAUACAACUUGACAGGCAUCUGUCUUAAUAUCUAGCCGAACCCGAUCCUUGCCGAGUCUAACGAUAGUACUUGUACCAUACAACUGCCACAUACUCGACAUAUAUCACCUUCUCCAUAGAUCCAAUAUCCAGUAUUCAAUAUCCACCGGCGAAACAUCCUACUCCCUAAACUUACCAACCCCCAAUCCUCGCGACAAUACUUCAGACUUCCCUCAACAUGGCGAGUCAACAGAGCCCUCCUCCCCAUAUCGAUCGUUAUGUGGUAAUUCAUGUUGCGACGACCUGCGAUGAGCACGGAGUUUAUGUGACUAAGGAUUCUGCGGAGGUCAUCGAACUUGGUUGGAUUCUUCUGGAUGCUAAGUCCCUUGAUGAGAUCCAUCGAGAGAGUGUGUUAGUGAAGCCCAUCAACACACCGAUUACUCCUUUGUGCACCAGUCUUACAACCCUGACUUGGGAGCAUGUUCGAAAUGCCGGAACCUUCCGUGAUGCGGUGAAUCGGUUUGAUGCUUUCGCUUCCGAACAUCUGACGUCUCAGAACCUCGACUUUGUUUUUGUCACUCUGGAUGCUUGGGACCUUCGGGUACAACUCCCCCGAGAAGCUCGUGAUAAGGCGGUUGUGUUGCCGCCGUACCUUCAGCACUCGAGAACGUUCGAUCUGCGCACCGAAUACCAGCGAUGGCAGCAGCACCACCCUGAGUCUCUUCCUUUCGGCCCGUCGAUGCUAUCUAACAUAUGCGCCGCCCUUGAGGUAGAGCCUGUCCAAUCUAGUGCUCCUAUCAAGCAUAACCUCCCCUUUCACCUACAGGCACUUGCUCCAGCCUCGCCUCGACGUGCUAUGGAAGAAGCUGUCACGCUCGCCAGGGUCCUUCGUGGUCUAAUCCGAAAGUCUCAACCUCCUCAAGAACACCCGGAUGUUCUAACUCGUCCCAUGGAUGCACGAGCUGAUGUCCGCGCCUUCUUGUCAGAACGAAGCAAGGUUUUGCAUAUGUCUGGGCUCCCUCACGACACUACUCAGUCGGAACUCGAGAGUUGGUUUACCCAGUUUGGUGGUCGUCCCAUCGCCUUCUGGACCCUACGUACCCCGGAGCAGCAUAAACCGACGGGCACCGGAUUCGCCGUCUUCUCGUCUCACGAAGAGGCUGCUGAAAGCCUUUGCAUGAACGGCCGCGCGCUGAACGAGAAAGCCAUAGAGGUAUCUCCUUCUUCUAGCCGCGUACUCGACCGCGCCGCAGAAAUCCUUACGCCUUUCCCUCCCAGUAAGAACCGUCCCCGUCCCGGUGACUGGACCUGCCCUUCGUGUGGCUUUUCCAACUUCCAAAGACGGACGGCAUGCUUCCGCUGCUCUUUCCCGGCAGUCAGUGCAGGCCCGCAAGGCGAUAUGGGUUAUGGUUACGGCUACGGCCCCCCGGCAAUGAUGGGACCCCCGCCUCAUCACGGAGGUCACCAUGGUAACAUGGGUCAUGGAGGAGGACGAAUGGGUGGUAGUGGUGUCGUCCCCUUCCGAGCUGGAGACUGGAAAUGUGGCAAUGAGGUUUGCGGGUACCACAACUUCGCUAAGAAUGUGUGCUGUCUUCGAUGUGGUGCCAGCCGUGCUGGCGCUGCGGUGGUGGCUGACUCGGGAUAUCCUUCGCCAAUGGACAGCGGCUCUAGCUAUGGCAUGGGCUCCGGUUCGAUGGCUGGAACGCCGGGCCCGGGACCGUUCGCCUCGGCUACGGGUCCCUUUGGCGCAUCCGGCGGCUACGGUCAUCACUUUGGAGGACCGCCUAGCACCUACGCGCUGCCUUCGGGCAUCGGCGGAGGUGCGGCACCGUAUCCGUCUCUGAAUACUCAUUUCGGGCCCGGUCCCGGCUCUCAUUCAGCCGGCCCGUUCGAUAGCCGAGCUGCCGAAGCCGCCUUCCAGUCAGCCAGCAACGGCCCGGCCUCCGCAGGUCCGUCGAACAACUACUUCUCUUCCGCGUCGGAGAACGACCCAUUUGCGUUCCUCUCUUCCGGCAUCGGCGGGUUGUCUGUUAGCGGUGAUGCCCGCCAAAACGGUGCCGGUGCACCUUCAAACAAGUCCCCUGCUUAAUGAUGAAUCGAUUCCGAAUCAUCCGCUUGAACAGUGUCUGAAGACCAUCGGUAAUAUCAAUCUUGGCAAUACUUUUUCUCUCUGGACAUGCGACGGCACUUUCGAGGGAUGUUUGUUCACUUUGGAAGAUCCGGUAUAGGGGGGAGAUCACGCGAGAUACCUAGGGUUAGCAGGGUGUUUGUAGGGAAACGUUUUGUUUUUGAGAAGA